CACAGAACUGCAAGACUACAAUCAAGUUUGCAAAGCGAGUCUGAAGAAUAGCCAAUCACAUUCGUGCGCUGUGUCACAUGGCAUUUUUAACCAAUUACAGCGCAGCAGAGUGAUGUCGUGGUAGGGUGCAUGCCGCAACUGGCAGCUGUUUGCCGUUGCUAAUGUCUCCGGGGUUUUUAACCUGUUAAAUUUCACAUUUUUAAGUUGUUAACUUGCCUAUGACACAACACAAAGUUGGUCCGUCGGCACGCGGGGUUUAAAGGUGAUGAAAAGGCUUAAAAAGAAGAAACAAAACGCCGGGUUUGGGGUGAAUGAGAAUGGAGCUUCCACCAGAGAACAAGACUAUGGGAGGAAGCAGAAGUUGGCUGAGAUCCAUCAGGCUUUGAUCAGUGAUCCAGUAGACAUUGAGACCCUGAGGAGAACAGCAGCCAGCAAAGGAGGACUUCUCACUGAUGAACUUCGAAGGAAAGUGUGGCCCAAACUAUUGAACAUCAAUGUCUAUGAUCUCCCACAUAAACCUGGUCGAAAUGUAAGGGAGGACCACAAGGACUACAACCAGGUAGUCCUGGAUGUCAGGAGGUCCAUGAAGAGGUUCCCUAAAGGUAUGCCAGCCUUAGAGAGAACUGUUCUUCAGGACCAACUAAUUGACAUCAUCCUGCAAGUUUUAAAACGCAACCCUCAGCUUCAUUAUUAUCAGGGCUACCAUGAUGUGGCUGUCACUCUGCUGCUGGUGGCUGGGGAACGAAUGGCCAUUGCCAUGUUGGACACGCUCUCCAAAUUUCACCUCAGGGAUUUCAUGGAUCCUACCAUGGACAGCACCAAACACAUCUUAAACUACCUGAUGCCGAUACUGGAACAAGUUGAUCCAGAACUGCAUGACUUCAUGAUCAGAUCGGAGGUGGGAACCAUCUUCGCCCUGUCCUGGCUCAUCACAUGGUACGGUCACGUCCUAUCAGAGUUCAAACACACCCUCAGACUCUAUGACUUCUUCCUGGCUUCACACCCUCUGAUGCCCAUCUACCUUGCUGCCACGAUCGUCUUGCACAGAGAGAAGGAGGUGAAGCAGACCGAGUGUGACAUGGCCAUGGUCCAUCACCUCCUUUCACGCAUCCCUCAGGAUCUCCCCUAUGACCUUCUGAUUGCUCAGUCCUUGCAACUUUUCAGCCAGUAUCCCCCUUCAUUACUGGCCAAGCGGGCAGCACUGCAGUCUCGCAAGAGUCUGUCCAUCAGCACCUUCCAUGCGUUUCAGCUCUCCACUCUCCACCAGAGGCCAGACUCAGUUCUCCAACGCCUCACCAAGGCCCAGGGCUCCACCACCUCCAGACAUGCCUCCCAACGCUCAGGCCUGGAAGCAGCUUUACCCGGGGGCCGAGGCCAGCUGUGGGGGAAGGGGAACAGGAUGGUGAAGAUGGCAGUGUGGGGGCUCUCUGCUACACUCGGGGCGGCUGUGUUCGCUGUGGCUCAGACUGCCAUGGACUGGGGACCUGAUAUGUUACUACAGCUGUUCUGACAGUGGCAGUGGAAGCAUAGACUGUUAGAAACGGAAUGACACAUGAUGACUUACACCUGCUCUCAUUAUGGAUUUGUAAUUUACAUACAACUAUGCUAAAGCACAGACAGUGAACACUUUAAGUUCGUCUCGUGCAGAGAGGAUGGUCAGGAAAAGCAGCAGCAGGAGGGGAGGUUGGUUAUCAUGGUGUUGAACAGGUUGUUGCCACUCAACCACAAGGAACAUAUGCUAACCACUAGUCAGCCUUUAGGUUGCGUGUGCACAUGUGUGCGAGUGUGUGUGUGUGUGCAUUUAAGCGAGCGAGUUUAUGGUUUUUAUGUUACCACUAAUACCACGUGUCAGCAUGGAUGAAGACCAGACUUUUGGACAAGUGGUAAGAAAGCUCCAGGGCCUUUUAUUAGCAUUUCUCAUGCAUGGUCACUCAAGCUAUUCGUCAAUAAGUUUUGAGAAAAAAUAUCUCAUGAGUCACUAAACAGUCACAGAAACACAAAGUGAUAACAAAUCAAUGCAAAAAAAGAACAAA